UUUGUGUCAUUAAACAAAUUAGUUAAUAGGGCUUAGAUUCCUUAGCACUUGCCGAAAAUUGAAUUCUCUCCAAUUAAUUAGUUGAUUGGCAUUUGUACUAGCUACUUUAUUUUCAAUUAUUAUUUACAAGCCAUAUGAUUUACUGAAGAGCCCCUGCGUCCAAAAUAUUCUUGGGCUGAUAGUUAUUGCCAUUAUUGAUGAAGCUGUCGAUUAAUCAGCUGCAGCACUGACUAAAUCAACAAUAUAAUGUGCACCAAUUAGGUUGAUUAGUUUGGUAGCUGCUUUCGUUGGGAUAGGAUGCCCGGAGGGCAGUAUUACGCCGGCCAGCAUGUCCACCUGUCGCGAUCUACGUUUGUACAUUCAACUUUUGAACGCGUUGGGAAUGAUGUGUUGCCAACUGGAUGAAGGUCCUUGUCUGGUUACAGCGACCCCACGUUGCGAACGGUAUGCCCUAAGCUAUACCAUGGGAGUGAUAGCGACGUCCAUGGCCUGUUUUACCUAUGCCCACAUGGAACCGCAACGUUUUUACAUGUUAAUCUACAAUCGAACGGGAAACUUUUACGAGACAGUUAACUUUCGAUGCACGUGCCUGGUCCUGAUUCUACUCUACGUGUGCCUGUAUUUUAGGCGACGUCGACAUGUAUCCUUGGUGCAAAUUCUUUUGACACUCAAUCGGGAAUGCCUCUCAUCUGGCUUAGACCGUCGCUUUCUCAACAAUCUAAUUCUCUACGGAGUUCUUUUGCUUCUAUGCUUCGGAAACUAUUUGAAUGGUUACUGCCAUGCCGGAAUGUCGACUUCCGCCUUAACAAUCUAUGUGCUGGUAAACACAUAUGCCUUUGUGGUCCUGUGUUUGCUGCUGAUCUUCUUUGUGUGCCUGAAACAGAUAAUGGCCGGUGGUCUCCUCCACUACAAUCAGCAGAUGAUGCUGGGUUUCGCGAGGCCUAAGUACAUCAGGGCCUUGAGGGAAAGGCAAAAGCUUUUAGCACUUUGUGCGGGAGAGCUUAACGAGUGCUUCGGGUUGUUAAUGCUGCCCAUUGUGGCUCUGGUCUUACUCAAGAUGCCAUCGGGCCCUUUUUAUCUAAUAAGCACUGUGAUGGAAGGUCAAUAUGGGGAUUCAGUAAAAUUUACGGUGAUGUUCUUAACUGCUUCUUUCUGGGAUGUACCCUGGUUGGUAAUCAUGAUCUUGAUGCUAAGAACUAACGGGAUUACCUUAGAAGCAAACAAAACAGCCAAGAUCCUGUCGAAAAUCCCACGGACUGGAACUGGCCUAGACAGAAUGGUUGAGAAGUUCCUGUUAAAGAACCUACGACAACAACCCAUUUUAACGGCCUAUGGAUUCUUCGCUCUGGACAAAAGCACUUUGUUUAAUCUCUUUACGGCAAUCUUUACGUACAUGGUGAUUUUGGUGCAAUUCAAGGAAAUGGAGAACUCUACCAAAGCCAUCCAAAGAGGGACAGCGGCAGGACAACAAAAUUUCACCCAACAGUAAAAUGGAUUAUCUACUUACUG